AUGACAUUUGACUCUUUAUCAUUUCAAAGCGGAAGGCUUCUUACCACCAUCCAUGAUACUGCAUCCAAAUUUGGAGCUAAGGGUGUGUGGGGCCCUGAACCUACAGAAACUGGGGUAUGCCGUUUAGCAUUAAGUGAUUAUGAUAAACAGGUCAGGGACUGGUUCAUUGAAGAAACUAAGUCACUUGGUUGUAAAAUCAAAGUAGAUGAAAUUGGUAACAUAUUUGCUAUCUAUCCAGGAAAGAAAGAAGGUCCCCCAAUAGGUAUUGGUUCACAUCUUGACACGCAACCUAAUGGAGGUAGAUAUGAUGGUAUAUACGGCGUUCUUUCAGGAUUAGAGGUCAUAAGAACACUUCACGAUAAUAAAUAUGUUCCCAAUUACCCUAUCGCCGUUAUUGACUGGACGAAUGAAGAAGGAGCAAGAUUUCCUAGAUCCAUCGUCGCAUCUGGAUUAUGGGCCGAUCUUAUCGAAAAAGAAGAUGCAUUGGGAUUGAAAUCGAUCACUGAUAAUGUUCCAGUUACAAUUGGAGAGGAAUUAAAAAGGAUUGGGUAUUCUGGUAAAUAUGAAGCAUCUUACAAAUCAAACCCAUUGGCUGCUCACUUUGAGAUUCACAUUGAACAGGGACCAGUGUUAGAAACGGAACAAAAAAAAAUAGGGAUUGUAACCGGAGUUCAAGCUUAUGCUUGGUAUACUGUCACGGUAAAAGGCAGGUCCUCCCAUGCUGGUACAACUCCAAUGAAAACUAGAUCCGAUGCUCUACAAAUUGCAUCAAAAAUGAUACUAGAAGGAAUAGAGAUAGCAGAGAAGCAUGACGGGUUGGCAACUAUUGGUACUCUUACGUUGGAGCCUGCCCUGGUUAAUGUUAUCCCGGAUAAAGUAACAUUUACUCUCGAUGCGAGACACGUAUACGACGAAAAGUUGAAAAAUAUAAUUGAUGAAAUCAAGAGUAGAUUUAAAUCAAUUGCAGAGAAAAGUAAUGGCACUCCAUUUACGAAACCUUUAGAGGUUGAAUUUUCACACAUUUAUACCUCUCCUGCUGUUCACUUCAAUGAGACUAAUAUUAAGGUCGUCAAGGAAAGUGCUUUGGAGCAUUUUCCUGAAGAUGAGAUCAGAGAAAUUGUUAGCGGAGCUGGUCAUGAUUCAUGUAGCACAAGUGUUAGGGUUCCAACUUCAAUGAUCUUCAUUCCUUCCAAGAAUGGAAUUUCACAUAAUCCUGAGGAGUACUCUUCACCUGAAGAAGUUGAAAACGGCUUCAAGGUAUUAUUGAGCACCAUUUUGAAAUAUGAUGAGAUGAGAGCUGAGAAGAAAGUUUAG